GUCUCCCAGUUCACCCUUUUUAUUUUCCUUUGUCCAGGAUGCAAUUCAAGUACCUCGCCGCUGCUCUCCUCUCUGCCUCUGCCGUCUUGGCCUCUCCCACUCAGCAAGAGAAGCGACAAGAUUUGGGAGACGUUAUUGGCUCUGCUAUUGAAUCCGCCGCAACCUCCAUCUUCGAUGAGGCAACCAGCCGAGCUGGCGACUUUGGAGACUCUUUCACCAGCCGUGCCGGUGAAAUUGGAGAUGCUGUUACUAGCAGGGCUGGGGACAUCGGUGCCGACAUUACCAGCCUUGCAGGCGAGGUCUUCUCUACCGUUACCUCUGUUGGUGGCAAGGCGUUCACCGUAGUCACCAGUGCCGGAGGUGAAGCCAUUACCCUCGCAGAGGCGGGUGCUGGUGUUGUUACCUCCAAGUUUGGCUCCGUCUACACCGUUGCUACCGCUGCCGUCGCCUCGGAAAUCGCCAACAACGAAGACGAUACCGGGUCUGCCUCGACCUUCCAGGUGCAAACCACUUUGGUCGUUGGUGCCGCCACUGUGCUGGGAAGCGCAUUGCUUGGUGCUUUCAUGACUCUCUAAACACGCGCAUUCAGAAUCGACACGCGUUGAAAACGUUCUGGGAUGGUCUGGCCGCAACACGAACCUGUGGUCGGUCCCUGGAGUUGCGAUCACGACCGCCAACAUCACACGCCUUUGGCGCCAUGUUUAGCCUUCAAGGUUAACUUAUUGGGAUAUUAUACCCCCUUCUCGUUCCUUUCGAUGGACACAUUUGCUUACGGAGCAUGGACGCUUUGCUGGAUAUAAAUGCUCGAGUUAGCCUGAUCUUUUAGUGUACCCAUCUACCAUAGAAACUUCGCACUUACUUCCUGUAAUUAACACCCAUUGUUGCCGUCUCAAUUCAAAGAGUGUUGUAACUCGUG